UUGGUUUUAUAGCCUGUUACGGCUUUCAGGCCCUGCCAUAAGCGCCUCGAGUCCUCGUCAUUACAAUGUUGUUCAAGUUUGUCCCAGUGUUGUUUUUUGGGCUGACUUAAUGGCCUUCCUAAGUUCGUACCUGGCUUCCUUAUAAUGCUCCUCAUCCCCUAUUUGAAGGCGGCGGACCUUUCUUUUAGUCUCAGGCGGACGUCGCUGUUAAUCCAUGGUUUCUGGUUUGGAUAGGAGCGAAUGGUACGAGUGGGAAUACAGGUGUCCACGCAGAAUUUAACAUAGUCAGUAACUGUAUCAGCGUACUCACUCAGGUUAGUGGGAUCUCUGAAAACUGACCAGUCAGUUGAUUGAAAACAACCCUGGAGUUUGAGCUCUUCCUCUGCUGACCAGCACUGGACUGACCUCAGGGUGGGUUUCUCCCUCUUUGCCUCCUGCUUGUAAACAGGUAGCAAGAGCACGGAAGAAUGGUCUGAUUUCCCAAAGUGAGGCCGUGUAGUCUGAUAAAUGGGUACUGUAGAUAGACAGAGGAAAAAAGGUCUGUGUGUGUCUUUGUGUGUUUUCUAGCCUUUUUGAUUGUCUGCUCCGCCCUGAUCAGUUUCACCUGUCCCUCAUUAGUCCUGGACUCCCCUCACCUCCUGCGCACCUGUUCUCACUUCCCCAGUUAGUCUGUCACUACUUAUACCACCUCAGUUACUUUCUUUGUUGGUUUGUCUUUAUUCGUUGUAGGAAGUUUUGUUUGCCUAUUUGCCAGCUUACUGCUCUAUUAAAAUAUCUUUGUUGAAUCUGCCUGUCUCCGAGUCUGCAUUUGGGUCCUUCCUGUCUGUUCGGCCCCCUGCACCGUAACAUUAACCGCUGAAAGACCAAGGACUUCCUCAAAGGUUUCACAAGAGCGAGAUAAAUGAUAAAUGGCACAACACAGCACAUUCAGGCUCAGACUCACAUUCAGACACGCUGCACACCAUUAACUAUCAAACAUCAGACAGAUAGGUGGCACAAUGGAUUUGGGAGAAGUGAUCUACAUGUUGUUGGAGGUGCUCAUCGCUGUCAGCUGCUGUCUCGGUAACAUGUUGGUUAUUUUGGCGCUGUGGACCAGUAAAAGCAUUCAGCAGCCCACCUUCUGCCUCAUUGUCUGUCUGGCUGUAGCUGACUUCAUGGUCGGCUGCGUGGCCAUACCGCUGGCAGUGAUGGUGGACGGACGAGUGAAAACUUCAUUCCACGGCUGUCUCUUCAUCAGCUGCGUGCUCAUCCUGUUGACCCUCGUCUCAGUUUUGUCUCUCGCCGCUAUCGCAGUGGACCGCUUCCUCCGGGUGUUUAUCCCUCUCAGGUACAAAAGGACUGUAACACAGAGGCAUUCUUGGAUUGUGGUAGCAGCAUGUUGGCUUGUUGCGAUACCACUGAGUUUUGCUCCCAUGCUUGGAUGGUACAACCAUGAAACCUUGUCCAAUUCAGUCAACUCUACUAUUACCUGCCAGUUUAUAGCCGUGAUCCCCAUGUCAUACCUGGUUUAUUUCAACUUUUUCCUUUGCACCCUCGCACCUCUGUUGAUGAUGACCGUAUUGUACGGCUACAUUUUCUGCACCAUCCGAGGAAACCUUCGAGAGAAACCGGGCAACGGGGCCCAAAAACAGUCUCAGAACUACCUGAAGAAAGAGAAACAGCUGGCGGGAUCUCUGUCUCUGGUCUUGGCUCUGUUUGCCCUGUCCUGGAUCCCUCUCCACAUUAUGAACUGCAUUGCUUACUUUAGUGGGCCGAAUAAUGUACCAGACAUAGCUUUCUAUGUUGGCAUCCUGCUUUCUCACGCUAACUCGGCUGUAAACCCAGUUGUGUACGCGUUCAAAAUACCAAAGAUCAAGACGGCGUACCUGAAGCUCUGGAGACAGCGUUUUGCAUGUGGAGAAGAAAAUCAAGGAUCUUCAGACAAGCCAGACGACGGACAACAAUCUCAGUAG